AUGUCUCGCCAUAAGCGGCUUUCUGUCCGAAAACCUGAAGCGACAAGUUUAAGCCGAGCUACUAGUUUCAACAAGACCAAUGUAGGGGACUUUUUCAACAAUCUUGCCAGUGUCAUGGAGCGGUACAAAUUUGAGCCAGGGUGUAUCUACAAUUGCGACGAGACCGGACUCACCACAGUCCAAACUCCACCUAAUGUAAUUGCAGAAAGAAAUGCUAAACAAGUCGGCCAGGUGACUUCUGCCGAACGUGGUGCGCUUGUCACCAUGCUGGGCACAGUCAGCGCUAUUGGAAACACAAUUCCACCCUUUCUUGUUUUUCCGCGCGUCCAUUUCAAAGAGCAUAUGAUCAAUAACGCACCUUCGGGGACAAAGGGUGUAGCCUUCCAAAGCGGAUGGAUGACAACUUCCAACUUCGAAGUCUGGCUGGAUCAUUUCAUCCUUCACAGUCAUUGUAGCCAGGAAAACAAAGUCCUGCUACUUCUGGACAACCAUGACAGUCACAUUUCGAUUACCAUCCUGGACAAAGCAAAGGACAAUGGAAUCGUUAUGCUGACAUUUCCACCCCACUGUAGCCAUAAACUACAGCCGCUUGACCGGACGGUUUACGGCCCCCUAAAAAAGUAUUUCAACUCCGCUUGCAACGGGUGCAAUCAUCCUGGACAACCAAUGACCAUUUACGAUAUAGCCGGUAUCUUGGGGGAGGCUUAUCCACAAGCUUUUUGUCCACGCAACAUCGUCUCUGGUUUCCAGGUAACGGGUAUUUGCCCAUUCAACAGGGACAUCUUCAAGGAAGACGAGUUUCUCUCCGGAUUUGUCACUGACAAGCCCAACACUACAGAGACAGAGGAACUGCUCGCAGAUGCCACAGACCCUGGCCCAAGUACAGGCACUCCUGAACAUCAUUUGACCACUGAGAUUGCAAGAAAUGCAGCUAGUGAAGAGGACUCGGGAAAUUCGCAACACUUUUCACCGGAACAGGUGCGGCCAUUCCCAAAAGCUGGACCAAGAAAACAGACACGAGGGGGUAGGAAAAAGGGCAAAACAUCCAUUCUUACUGACACUCCUGUCAAACAACAAAUAGAGUUAGAUUUUCAACAGAGGCAAUUAAGGGUAAGUGGGAGGUCAUACAAACAUGGAGCCCAGAAACGUAAUGACAGGGAAGUAACCCCAGAGAGUGAUGAUAGUUCUUCCUCAGAGGACACAUCCGAUGUUGUCUCUGAUAGCUCUGAGGGUGAACCUUCGCUUAAACCAGAGGAUCUUAAAACUGGAGAUUUUGUUGUGGUUAAAUAUGUGUCAAAGAGAGUAGUUCAACACUAUGUAGGGAGAAUCACACAGGAGGCAGACAGGUUCCAUAUGCUGGAGGUAAGAUUUCUUGUCAGACAACCGUCCAAAAAACAGCAGGAUGUAUUCUCUUUCCCUGAAAUCGAUGACACUGAUGACAUCGACAUCGAUGAUAUCGUCCAAAAGCUGCCAGAGCCUUCCGCUGUCGGAGCCACAAAACGCACAAACGGCCUACUGUUCUUCCGUGAUGUUGACCUCAGUCGGUAUUACAGGUUGCAGUAGCUGACCUCGGGCGUGACGUCACUUUUCUCCGAAAGUCAUUGUGGUCUCAGAAGACCAGGAAACACUUGCCAGGGCAGAUGUUUCUGACCAGCUGUUUAUUGACAUUGACAGUUAGUUUCCUGUUCACAUAAGUCCUGUGUAAAGUUUUCGUGACGGAUUAUCCAAAGACAACUCAAGGCUGUUUGUAAGUUUCUUGUUCACAGAUGGUUGAUACUGAAUGGAUACAAUGUUACGGGUCCACGUCAUUGUAAUAAAACCACUGUUUAAAACAAGAUUUGUCUAAGGAUUUUGUUGCUCUUUGAAGUGCGUCCCAUUGUGCCCCAUGGUGUGUCCCAAACCACCCCAUGACUGGGGUGCCUUGGGACACAAUUUUUUAAAAACUUAAAUCAACUGAGGAUGAGCAGAACAUAAGCUAUCAACAAAAGACGAGAUUCUUUAAUUAGCCUUACUAGUUUUUCAUUCUAUCAGCUAAUAAUUUUAGUGGGGUCUGGAAUAAUUUGUCACAAAUUUUGAUUUAUGUGUAAAACGUCCCAAUGCGCCCCGGUC